AGAGAAAAUACAAAUAAACUCUGAGGAAUGUGUUGCUGAAAAUUUCUAACGCUGCUCUUUGAGCGGGGGUGACACAGGGUGAGAGAUGGGGAGAAAGAAGGUCAGGACACAAGCAGGGGUCUGUCUAAUCCGGCCCUCCUCCUCCUCAUUCCCCAUCCUGUUUACCUGCUUGAACAGUUUGAAAGAAGCUCUGUGUGUGUUCAUUUAUGAGGUAGGGGGUAGGGAGAGUAGAAAGGAGGACUGCCAUCACGUCUCAGAAACAGCAAACACACGAAAGGGAGCAUAAAGCCUGCAAGUUAUUAAGGAAGUGUUACUCAAGACCAGUGGAUCAUACGGUGCAUUCACAAACAGCACAGCUAUGCCUUGCACACUCUGGGUUGCUAUUUCAGUGUUGCUUUUGCUGCCAACCUCUGAGGCUGGAAGACAGAUGCCCAAACUCUCAGACAAGAAACUCUGCGCUGACUCCGAAUGCAGUCAUCCUAUCCUGAUUGCCCGUGCACUGCAGGACUACUACCCUGGAGACUGCAGAUUCAUACCCAUCAGACAAGGGCAGCUCAUUUAUGUGUAUGCAAUGCUUAAGGACAGAGGGAACCUUUUCUGGGCUGGCAGUGUACAAGAUUCCUACUACGGACAACAGGAGGCUCGCAUCGGCCAUUUCCCCAGCAGUGUGGUAGAGGAGACUCAUCCUCUCAUGCCAGCCGGAACCGAAGUCAAGACUACUAAAUGGGACUUCUACUGUAACUGAAAAACAGAACAAUCUUCAAACCAACAACGUCACAAGAUAACUUUGGCAUGUGAUUUUUCAUAUAGGUAAGCAUUAUAGAAGUAGGUUAGCAUUUCCGCUGUUGUUUUUACUCAUGCAUGUAGAAGAUAUCCCUUAAAACAACAAAAAGGUCCACAAUGUAUGCUGAUAUCAUAAUUAAAUAAUCAAAAGCCCUGAAUUAUGAACUAUUGGUGCUUUACCAUUUAUACCCGUCUGUGUUAUUCUUUAUCCUAUUGUUUAUAUCUGUUUUGAAUCCAUUCCAUGUUUUUAUCAAAUUAUAAAAGAUAAAUAAUGUUUGUAGAAAAAUAGACAAAUGUGAAUUUUAGCAUGAUUCUGCUCUAAUUCAAGCAAUCUGUAAGGUAAUUAUUUCAGCUGUGACUGUUUGUCAGAAAAUAAAUCUUCUAAACAAGCAA